AUGGCUGGCCUUUCGCUUCAAUCCACUCUCAAGUUGGUGUCGGGAUAUGAGAUCCCGGUGGUCGGAUUCGGUGUCUACCAGACGCCUCCCGAUGUCACAGAGAAGGUGACCAUCAAGGCUCUUGAGCUAGGAUAUCGCCAUGUGGACAGCGCCAAAGUCUACGGCAAUGAGAAAGAAAGCGCUUCGGCCAUCCGCAAGUCAGGACUGGACCGAUCCAAGAUCUUCUACACAAGCAAGGUGCCACGCUCAUGCAUGGGCUACGAAAAGGCCAAGCAGGCCAUCAAAGAGAGUAUUGCCGCCGCGGAUCUCGGCUACAUUGACCUCAUGUUGAUCCACGCACCCUACGGCGGAAAAGAUGACCGUCUAGGCACCUGGCGUGCUCUGGUUGAAGCUCAACAGGCGGGACACAUCCGGUCGCUGGGUGUGUCUAACUUUGGUAUCCCGCAGCUGGAGGAGCUCGAAGCCUACAUUAAGGCGGGUGGUGGUGGUCAGAUCUCCGUCGGCCAGUAUGAGAUCCACCCCUGGUGUCCUCGCGACGAUGUCGCAGAAUGGUUGAAGAAGCGCAAUGUGGUUGUUGAGGCAUACUCGCCUCUUGUACAAGCCACGCGCAUGAAGGAGCCUGUCUUGACGAGCCUCGCUCAGAAGCAUGGCAAGUCUCCUGCUCAGAUUCUGAUUCGCUGGAGCUUGCAGAAGGGAUAUGUCCCACUGCCUAAGUCGGUGACCGAUUCGCGUAUUCAAGAGAAUGCGGAUGUGUUUGACUUCGUGCUUUCCGAGGAGGACAUGGCUAGCCUGAAGCUUGACUCGUAUGCGCCCGUGUGCUGGGACCCGGUUCGGGAUUGCAAGAUCUAG